CCGUAACCUCUUUCUCUCUUUUUCCAUCAAGAAAAAAAGAAGAUCUUUAUCACGAUCAAAGGAUGGCAUACAACCGCGAGAGGAACCUCAAGCAACCUAUGAUUGAAGAUUAUGGACGCUCAAUAAAAGAGGGGUACUGGAAUGGAAUGUAUGAUAGGAUCAAGCAUUACCGAGCACUUCUCAAGAUGUACAAGGAGUUGCAGCAGGCCGAGUAUGAACGUCACCAAGCAGAGCUCGAAGUCUAUCGCAUUGCUGGUAAGUUGGAAGUGAUUGAAGAUCUCUUCAACGAUGAUGCGAUCAUGGAGGUGAAGGAGAAGCUUAAGAGUGAACUUGUACUUGCUGAGGCUAAUCUUGCUGAUAAGAAGGUUCCGACUAUGAACUGGGACAAGUUGGGGGAGCCACAUAUGUGGCGUUAAUCUAAUCUACUUAAUCCUCUCUGCAUCUUCGUUAAUGGUUUAUGUUUUUAAGUUUAUUGCCUAUGAAUGUUUGGAACCUUUUGUUCUGGUUUAUAAAACCAGUUGUUAUUAAGUAUUGCUCCGGGACUGAAG